AUGGAGAUUCAAGCACAUCUGAUGCAUCACAAUCCGUAUGAUAUAGUUAAAACCGAGGAGCCAUCGACGCCCCCGAAGACGAAGACGACACUGUGUCCUUCGACAGACAUGCUCUUCAGCGUGUCCAACUUCAAUAUACAGUCGAAUUUCUGCCCUCCGGUCAACAACAAUCAUGAUCCGCUAAAUAAUAAUCAUGUGAAGAUUAGCUCAAAUGGCAGAACACUGGCGGCAGAUCGUAAACGGCCGUAUCCGUGCAAUUUAUGCACGUCUAGGUUUGGCAGCAAAAUGGAGCUGGAAGAACAUCAGAACAGUCAUACCGGAAUGAAGCCGUUCGAGUGUGAUGUCUGCAAAGCACGGUUCAAUCGCCGAUCGACAUUGUGGAAUCACAAACGAAUUCAUUCGGAUGCUAAACCGUUUGUAUGUACUGUUUGUCAGAUGACCUUCAAGUGGAAGAACAGCUUAAAGUGUCACAAGGAGAUGCAUCUAAGAAAGAACGAGUCAACUCCUCAUAUCGACAACGACCUACGCCAAUUAACGUAUGCGACUGCAGCAAAACGAAAGCUGAUGAUGGACCAGGAAGAACAAGGAAAUCCGGCCACCUCAUCAGCGUCAUCUAUUCAUAGCCAACCGCUGAUCACUACAACUACUCCGAAGAAGAAGUCGAAUAAGUCAUCGCCAAAUCACGCUGUAGGAGCGGUUAAUCUAAACCCUAUCACACAGCCUUUGCAGGCGAGUGCCCUUAUUCCGCCUUCGGACCAUCAGCUCGAUUUGGAUACGAGCUCUUUGGACACUCUUGUAAAUAGCAACAACAACCUCCUCAUGCACAUUUAUAACAGUGAAGUGGAUCCUUCGCUGACGUCACGUCACACAAAUCCGAUGCUGAAUAGUAUCGACGACAAUAUGUUGAAUUCGCAGUUAUUAGGGGAUAUUAAGACUGAAUUCCAGUCAUCGCUGGGCGGUACAACGACAGCAGCACCGAUCAAUGUUCAUUUACCGAUGCAGCUGAACAUGCUGAAUUUCAGGCCGAUAAACCCUCAACAGUUGCCGUCAGUACACCAUUUGACGUCCACUUCGUUGCCAGUGUCUGUUCCUAUGGAUUAUACUAUCCAUAACGAAACUCCCAACGUUGCUCAUCCACAAUAUAUCGUUACGACACAACCGGAUAUGAUGUUACCACAAGGGAUAGGAUAUCAACAUCAUGGGCUGGAUCAAUGUGUUAUAUUAACAACGGGACAUGAUUAUGUGCCGAAUUUCGACUAUCCGAUGAUCGGUAACUAUCAAAUGCAAGCGGAACAACACGAAGCGCCGCCUCCAUCUCAUGACUCGAACGACGAAAAAAUCGUCCCCUACGAGCAAUGGUAG